AUGUCUUCACGCACUGCUCUAUAUCUCGCCCUCACCUCCGUUGCUGCUGCCGCCCCCUGUGACAUCUACUCCUCCGGCGGCACACCCUGCAUCGCCGCCCACAGCACCACCCGAGCCCUAUACAGCUCCUUCAGCGGCGCCCUGUACCAGGUGCAGCGCGACUCCGACGGCUCUACAACCACCAUAUCCCCCCUAUCCGCCGGAGGGGUCGCAGACUCUGCCACCCAAGACACCUUCUGCAGCGGCACAACCUGCCUCAUCACCAUAAUCUACGACCAGUCCGGCCAGGGCAACCACCUCACCCAAGCACCGCCAGGAGGCUUCGACGGGCCCGAAUCCAAUGGGUACGACAACCUGGCCAGCGCCAUCGGCGCCCCUGUAACCGUCAACGGAAACAAAGCCUACGGCGUCUUCGUCUCGCCGGGAACCGGGUACCGCAAUAACGAGGCCGCGGGGACAGCCACGGGCGAUGAGGCGGAGGGGAUGUACGCCGUGAUCGACGGCACGCAUUAUAACGACGGGUGCUGCUUCGACUACGGCAAUGCCGAGACGAACAGUCUGGACACGGGGAAUGGGCAUAUGGAGGCGAUUUACUUCGGGACGAAUACGGCCUGGGGGUCUGGCGCUGGCAGUGGGCCGUGGCUUAUGGCGGAUCUUGAGAAUGGGCUGUUCUCUGGUCGGAGUGCCAGUAGUAAUAGCGGGGACCCGUCUAUCUCGGAUAGAUUCUUUACUUCUGUCCUGAAGGGGGGACCGGAUCAGUGGGCUAUUCGCGGGGCGAGUGCUGUUUCUGGGUCGUUGGAUACGUAUUAUAGUGGUGUGCGGCCGGAUGCGGAUGGGUAUAACCCUAUGAGUAAAGAGGGGGCUAUUAUCCUCGGGAUUGGCGGUGAUAACAGCGUCAGCGCCCAAGGGACUUUCUAUGAAGGGGUCAUGACAUCGGGGUAUCCGUCUGAUGAGACUGAGGACGCAGUGCAGGCUGAUAUCGUCGCGGCCAAGUACGCCACUGCGCCGUUGACGAGCGGCGACGCACUCACGGCUGGCUCCUCGAUUUCGAUCCGUGCGACGACAGCUUGUUGCACGACGCGGUAUCUGGCGCAUACGGAUUCAACUAUAAACACGCAGGUCGUAUCCUCGUCUAGCAGUGCAGCCCUAAAGCAACAAGCCAGCUGGACCGUGCGGACGGGACUCGGAAACAGCGCCUGCUUCUCGUUUGAGUCUGUCGAUACGCCGGGUAGUUAUAUCCGACACGCGGACUUUGCACUGCUGCUGGGUGAAGAUGAUGGGUCGAAGCUGUUUGCUGAGGACGCGACGUUUUGUCCGCAGGAGGGUCUGAAUGGGGAGGGCAGUGCGAUUCGGGCGUGGAGUUAUCCGACGAGGUACUUCAGGCACUUUGACAAUGUGCUUUAUAUUGCGAGUAACGGGGGAGUGCAUGAGUUUGAUGCGGCGGCGUCGUUUACUGAUGAUGUUAGUUGGGUGGUGGGCGAUGGCUUUGCUUAA